AUGGAUUUCUACCUUCGCUGCAACUCUCUGAAAUGUCGAGAACAACUGAAGGAGAGGGCAGUCGUCACCACCUGUUCACACAUCUUCUGUCUCCACUGCGCAGGAAGCCUUGGUCUAUCGCACCCCACUACCAAAGAGCGAAUUUGUCCAGCCUGUCAGACUGUCCUCGUGAACCCCGAUGACGCGGUAGCAACGGCCCUCAACCCAACGGAAGACUACAAGACCAGUGUUCUAAGCGGACUAGAUCCGAAUACAAUUAUGGAGUGCGCGGGACGGGCGUUGCUCUUUUGGACAUACCAGACUACACAGGAAAUCUUCUACCAGGAGUACCUUGCAAAGACACUGACAGAGAAGUACACCAAUCUGAAUACACAAAUGGACAAGGUCAUACACAACGCGAACUCGGAAAUAUCGGCCCUACAAGCGAGAAUAUCAGAUAUGCAGACAGCACAGGACCAACUUCGUAAGAAGAACCAGGAGCUAGUCGACAUGUAUCGAGACAAGUGCAAGAAAUUCACACAAAUGACAAACUUAUACAACAUACUCAAAUCCCGAGCGAUGCGAUCCCAAAUGCAGACCGCUGCAACAGAUACUGUAUCCCAAGCGCUGGAUUCGCUAACAGCCUCUCGAAACAAUCUAUCUGAACUUGAACCCAAACACACAGAGACAUCGAGACCGCCACAAACCCCAUGGUCUAGGCAAUCCAACGUAUAUCCCGUCAACCAGGAAGGCGUGGAACAACUGCAUCGUCAUCAACGGAGCGGAACUGGAAGUUCAAAAGGUCGCAAAGAGAGGACUGAUGUCGCUGCAAUGCCACCGCCUAGUCGUCCGACAGACAUUCGGAGCAAACACAAUCAGCCUGCCGCAACACCACAACAUCGAACCCGUCUCGUUGGUCCUUCACGUCCUUCAACGGGGAGAACACAGCUUCCUCACGACAGUAUAAUGCUGGAGCGUUUCCAAGCUGAGGCUGGCCCAGCUGAUGCUAUGCUAGACACACGAGGUACAAUGAGAAGAACGGACGCCGGCAUGCAGAUUCCUCCCCAGAGACACAGUCCCACAGAACGCCCUAGGCUGGGCUCUUUCUUUGACAGUACGAUCAUAUAG